UGGGACCUUCUUUGUCAGCAGAGAACCUCCGGCGAUGGGUUUACACAAAUUGAGACUCGCCGCAGCGGUUCCGAUAACCUUCUCCACAUUCUCUUCUCGCCUCUUCCUCAAGCCAUUUCCCAAUACUCUUACCCUAGGUUUGUUUUCCCGCCAUCUUCAACCCCGUAAGCCUCUCUUGGUCAGAGCUUUCUCAGCUUCCGCCGCCGUUCAAAAUAUUCCGGCCAGACAGACCUCUGAUUCAUCUGUUGCAAAGCCUCAGUGGAAGGCGUCGAUUGAUUUCAAAUGGAUAAGAGAUAAUAAGGAAGCAGUUGAAAUCAACAUCAAGAACAGGAAUUCGAAUGCUAGUUUGGAUGCUGUGCUUGAGCUUUACGAGAACAUGGUCAAUGUCCAAAAGGAAGUUGAGAGGCUUCGCGAGGAAAGAAACAACGUUGCAAAGAAGAGGAAAGGGAAGCUGGAGCCAUCUGAACGUAAGAGACUCGUAGAAGAAGGUAAAAAUCUUAAGGGAAGUCUUGUAACUCUGGAAGAACUCCUCGUGAAGCUUAAAGAUGAGCUGCAACAUGUAGCACAGUCUAUACCGAAUAUGACUCACCCUGAUGUUCCUAUUGGAGGAGAGGAUUCGUCAGCAAUUAGAAAAGAGGUUGGUAGUCCACGUGAGUUUAGUUUUCCAAUCAAGGAUCAUCUUCAGCUUGGGAAGGAUCUUGAUCUCAUUGAUUUUGACUCUGCUGCUGAGGUAAGUGGUUCAAAGUUUUUCUAUUUGAAGAAUGAGGCAGUUCUAUUGGAGAUGGCCCUUCUUAAUUGGACAUUAUCGCAAGUCAUGAAGAAGGGUUAUACUCCCCUAACGACCCCUGAAAUUGUGAGAUCUUCUAUUGUUGAGAAAUGCGGUUUCCAACCUCGUGGAGAUAAUACUCAGGUCUAUUUGAUAGAUGGAACUGACCAAUGUCUCAUUGGUACCGCUGAAAUUCCCGUAGGAGGAAUACACAUGGAUUCUAUUCUUCUUGAAUCAGUAUUACCUUUGAAAUAUAUAGCAUUCUCUCAUUGCUUCCGUACUGAAGCGGGUGCUGCUGGUGCCGCCACAAAAGGUCUUUACCGAGUUCAUCAGUUCAGCAAAGCAGAGAUGUUCGUCAUAUGCAAACCUGAAGAUAGUGAAUUUUUCCACCAAGAACUCAUUCAGAUCGAAGAAGAUUUGUUCACUUCUCUAGGAUUACACUUCAAAACAUUGGAUAUGGCCACAGCGGAUUUAGGCGCACCAGCUUAUCGCAAGUUUGACAUUGAGGCAUGGAUGCCCGGUUUAGGACGAUUUGGCGAGAUAUCAAGUGCAUCAAACUGCACGGAUUACCAAAGUCGGAGGCUGGGAAUUCGUUACCGACCAUCUGAACCGCCUCAAACGGGUGCUAAGAAAGGCAAAACGAAUCUUCCGGCUACUAAGUUUGUGCACACUUUAAACGCAACAGCAUGUGCAGUCCCGAGGAUGAUGGUGUGUUUGCUAGAGAAUUACCAGCAAGAAGACGGAUCCGUGGUGAUACCUGAACCACUUAGGCCUUUCAUGGGAGGCAUUGAACUCAUCAAACCCAAGCUGAAGUAGUUUUUAUGGUUAAACUCUUGCUGUUAUUCCUCUUGUAUUUGAAAUUUGUGCAUUAUAUACAGUUCACAGGCGCUGAAUUUUGUCGUUUCUUUUUCAUUUUAUAUUAUCAUAGAUACAAUCCUUGAUCUUUUUUUAAUUCAAUUAUAUUGAAAAGGAAAUAUACACUUAA